CACUUCUCCAUAAAACAGCAUCGCAUCCUUAUCCUCUUAAAAAGACACAACCCGUUGAUCAGAUAACGAAGAUGCCGCGCGCAGAAGCAGGAAGCAACAAGGCCAUCAGCAAUGGCAUGAAAGCGAAAGGUCUAGGCCGAUUGCGCUGGUAUUGCCAAGCAUGCGAGAAGCAGAUGCGCGAUGAGAAUGGAUUUAAAUGCCACGUCCAAAGCGAAAGCCACGUUCGACAAGUGCUGUUGAUCGGCGAGGAUCCGAAGAAAUAUAUCGAAGACUACAGCAAGGAGUUUGUUCAGAAUUUUGUGAAUAUGUUGCGCACGACGCAUGGCGAGAAGAAGGUGCAGGUCAAUCAGUUCUAUCAGCAGGUUAUUCAGGAUAAACAUCACAUUCACAUGAACGCAACGAAAUGGAAGAGUCUAACGCAAUUCGCUGCACACCUGGGCCGAGAAGGAAUCUGCCGCGUCGAGGAAACGGAAAAGGGAUUAUUCGUGUCGUGGAUCGACAAUAGCCCCGAGACAAUGAAGCGACGCGAAACCAUCAUGCGAAAAGAGCGACAGGAUAAAGGCGAUGAAGAACGGGAGCAGAGGCAAAUCCAGGAGCAGAUCGAGCGGGCGCAAAAAAAUGCAGACAAGGAAGAUGAGUUGGACCCCGAGGCGAAGUUGCUGCAGCGGAAGGAGGGUGAGAAGGUCAAGUUGAACAUCGGGUUCGGCGCAAAGCCUGAGUCUGAGAAACAAUCGUCUCCUGAACAGAAAGAUAAAUCAACAACACCGGAAGCUGCCACCGCUCCGGCUGCAGAAGCGCAUGCGCCAUCUGCCGAAGCCGCACCAGCACCAGCACCGAAGAUUUCGAUGUCCCUUGGUGGUGGAAAUAAACCGAAGAAUGUGUUUGCGGCGGCUGCGAAGAAGAACCCGCUUGCCGGGAAGAAGGGACCGGUUAUGGAGGCCCCGAAGAAGAUGACAGAGCAGGAGAGGAUUAUGAAGGCUGAGAUGGAGACUAUGGAGCGGAAGCGGUCUCGUGGGCCGUCUGGAUUCCCUAAUGCUAAGCGGCCUAAGGUUUCAUGAGUACUUAACGAUGAUCUCUCGUGUACUGUCGCGCCGCGACCCCCAUCCUUUGGACUAUGAUGUCUCCACGCCCCGCAAGACAGAUCUCUAAACGUCCUAUCACCGACCUGGGUCCAGUCACGUCAACAACAUCCACUGGCAUUUCCCUUGCGAUUGGAUAUGCAAGGCUGCAAAAUUUGGAUCUAUUCUGGAUAUUGGCGCUCAGAAAGAACACUGAAACCGGGCAGGACCCUGCAUUGAUCUAUAAUCGGAUGAUCGAGUGGUCAGAAUAUACCCUGUAUAUAGUCACGAAGCGCUAUACGUCCCAGGCUGUUUAAUUUAUCGCAGACUGCGAUCAUAAUAUUUUACUGGUUAUCGGGAUAAGCUCAACGGCAUAUUGUAUGUGGCCCACUUAGGGUUUGGCCUGGAGAUUUAGGCAUGGACUGAAAUAUAACUAACUAGGGUUGAUAUGACUAUAUUGAUAUCAUAGAACUGAUUAGCAAUUGAGCAAUGAGGAUGG